AUGGUUGGAGAAGAUGGGAAUACGAGAUCUCGGUUGAACAGGAUGAGGUCCAAUUCGAAAAGCAGCGGUUCUUCAGCUCCACCAUCUCCGCCAGCUUCUAAUGCGCAUCCCGAUGGAGCUCCACCGUCUCCGAAUCCAACUGUUAAGAGUGGUUGUGCAACUACAAUUGUUGCAGCUCCGCCAAUGCGAAACAGAUAUACUCAUAUAAUUGUUCUCAAGUCUUUGAAUAGCACGUUUGAAACUAAGUUUCUUGUGGUGCCCUUUAAGCCGGAUGGAUUGAAACUAGGAAGGCCCGUCGUUAACAACACAAAUGCCAGUAAUGGAGUUAAUGGAACAGAAUUAAGCACUACCGCUGGUAUGCCUAAUGGUUCUAAAGAUAUACAAUCCCAUGUCAGACCUGAUAACGGGCAUUUUGACUCCCGUGUUCUUUCCCGUAACCAUGCCUCCCUAAGUUGCGAUCCAGAGACAGGUAAAAUUUAUAUUCGAGAUUUAAAGUCAAGCAAUGGUACAUUUAUUAAUGGUAGUCGCAUAGGACAGACAGAUGUGGAGCUAAAAAUAGGUGAUAUUGUAGACUUGGGCACUGAUAUUGAUGCAAAGUUUGAACAUAGGAAAAUAAGUGCCCUUGUUGAAGAUAUAUCUGUCAUUCCACUAAUUCAUGAAGAUAUUGGUGCGUUAGUAACACCUGAUAACGGAAACAACAACAACGCUACACCUCUCAAGCCUCAUGGAGGUACUGUUGAAUCUACACAUAUGGCUGCGUCCAAUGCACAGAGGGCUGCAUUUGAGGCUGCUAUGUUUGGUGAUGUGAAUAACUUGGAUCUAGAAGAAGCUGUGCUUGGUUCAGAAACUGAAAUAUUGAGUGGAAUAUUUAUUAAUAAUUCUAUUGGCACUUCACCUAACCUAAUUAAUGUUAUCAAAACACUUAUCACAGAACUAACCAUGGAGCAGACGGAAUUCCUCAAGUUGAAAUCUAUGGAAAAUUUUCUAAUAAAUUUUACUAAUAAUCUAGAAUAUUUGAACAAGCUUCGCAUAGAGCAAAAUGAUGCAAAAUUGGUUCAACUACAAUUCAGCUUGAAGCAGAAGCUGAGUGAAAAACAUGACAAGCUGGUUAGUGAACAUAGUAUUCAGCUGGCGGAAUUGCAAAAGGAAAAUGAUGAACUGAAGAAAGCUCUGGGUUCAACUGCUCAAGAGUCUAAUCAAGAACUGGAAAAUUUGAAGAGACAAUUGGAGGAUGUUAAUACAAGGUUGGAAGUUGAAAAAUAUAAAAAUUUACAAUUCUCUAAGAAGUUUGAAGAAGUCACUACAUUAAGGGAACGAAAAAAGCCGUCGAGUAAAUUGUCUAGACUUUUUAUGGGGUUUAAUUUUGAUGCUAGGAGUAUUAUAGUAAUUGGCACGGUGACUAUAGGGAUCUUUGCAGUAGCAGUGAAAUACAUAACAUCGAAGGGGGAAGUAUAA